UUAUCUUGGCCUCCCAGCAAGGCCGCCCUACCCCCCGCCGCAGAAGCAAAGUAACCGGGGCUGAGGCUGGGGCCGCGCCGCCCCGUCCCGUCCCGCACCGCACGAUGCCCCUCGCCGUGGCGCCCGGCCUCCUGCUGCUGCUGCUGGCGAGCGGGGCCCGCGCCCUGGUGGUCUCCGUCCCCGCCUCCCCGGUGCGGGCCCAGCCGGGCUCCGACCUGCUCCUGGGCUGUCACUUCUCCGUGGGGGGGGGUGUGGACAUGCAGGCGCUGGUGGUGCAGUGGAAGCUGGGGGACCGCCUGGUGGCCGAGUUCGAUGGGGUCCUGUCGUACCCCAGGGCCGGGGCCAGACUGUUCCUGGACGAGCUGCGGGUCGGCAACGCCUCCCUGCUCCUCCCGCGGGUCGGGGGCGCCGACGCCGGGCUCUACACAUGCUCCAUCAUCCACUCCCCGAGCCGGGAGAGUCAGCAGGUGGAGCUGCACGUGGAAGCCCCACCCCGUGUCUCGGUGAGUGGCACCGUGGUGAGGGCCGGCGAGCGCAGAAACGUGACCUGCAACGUGAGCCACUUCUAUCCCAAGAGCGUGACCGUCACGUGGCUGCGGGACGAGCAGGUCGUGGGGGGCCCCGAGACGCCCCACGCCCAGCUGGGCCCCGACGGCCUGUACAGUGCGACCAGCAUCCUCCAGCUCGUACCCAGCAUCUCCCUCGCCGACGCCAACUACUCCUGCCACGUGCAGCACGUCGCUCUGGGGGCGCCGAUCCAGGAGCUCUUCCGGCUGAGCGUGUUGUACAGCCCCUGCUCCACCACAGAGGGGUCUCCCUGGAACCGGUGGGAAGCCAGUGCCAGAGCCCCAUCCCCAGUGUAG